UGGGAUUCAGCAUGAUGGAAGCGGCAAUGACUGCGAGCCCGUUGGGAAAAAGCCUUUCAUCAUGUCUCCACAGCUCCUGUACGACACCUCGCCGCUCACCUGGUCCCGCUGCAGCCAGGAGUACAUCACCAGGUUCCUCGACCGAGGAUGGGGCCUGUGCCUGGACGACCCACCUGCUAACGAUGUGAUUGACUUCCCCAUCGUCCCACCAGGUGUCCUCUAUGAUGUGAGCCACCAAUGCCGCCUCCAGUACGGAGCCUAUUCAACCUUCUGUGAUGAUAUGGAUAAUGUCUGCAAUACCCUGUGGUGUUCGGUGGGGACCACCUGUCACUCCAAGUUGGAUGCUGCUGUAGAUGGCACCCGAUGUGGUGAGAACAAGUGGUGUUUCAACGGGGAGUGUGUGUCUGUGGGCUUCCGGCCCGAUGCCGUGGACGGAGCCUGGGCUGGCUGGAGUUCCUGGUCCAGCUGCUCCCGAAGCUGCGGCGUGGGCGUGCAGAGUUCGGAGAGACAAUGCAGCAACCCCACGCCCAAGUAUGGCGGGAAGUACUGUGUCGGGGAACGGAAGCGAUUCCGUUUGUGCAGCAUCCAGGCCUGCCCUGCUGACCGGCCUUCUUUUCGCCACAUCCAGUGCAGCCAGUUUGAUGCCAUGCCUUACAAGGGAGAACAGUACAAGUGGGUUCCUGUUUCUAACCACAUUAAUCCCUGUGAGCUGCACUGCCGGCCUGCAAAUGAGUAUUUUGCAAUUAAGCUUCGAGACGCUGUUGUGGACGGGACCCCCUGCUUUGAAGGGAACACCAGCCGAGACUUAUGCAUUAAUGGGAUCUGCAAGAAUGUAGGCUGUGACUAUGAGAUUGACUCCAAUGCCAUUGAGGACCGGUGUGGCGUGUGCCACGGGGAUGGCUCCACCUGCGAAACAGUGAAGAAGACAUUUGAUGAGACUGAAGGCCUGGGGUACGUGGACAUUGGGCUGAUCCCAGUAGGGGCAAGAGAGAUUCGGAUUGAGGAGGUUGCUGAGGCUGCAAACUUCCUGGCACUGAGGAGCGAGGAUCCAGAGAAGUAUUUCCUAAAUGGCGGGUGGACCAUCCAGUGGAAUGGUGACUACAAAGUGGCCGGGACCACCUUCACAUAUGAGAGGAACGGGAACUGGGAAAAUCUCACGUCCCCAGGACCCACCUGGGAGCCCAUCUGGAUUCAGCUGCUGUUCCAAGAGAGCAAUCCUGGAGUACGUUACCAGUACACCAUCCGGAGGGAGGCAGACAGUGAGAAUGAGAUCCAGCCUCCUGAGUUCUCCUGGCGAUACGGAGCCUGGACCAAAUGUACUGUGACCUGUGGCACAGGGGUGCAGAGGCAGGCCGUACACUGCGUGGAGAAGCUAGCGGGCCUUGUGGAGGAGCGGCAUUGCGAUGCCCUGACCAGGCCGGAUGACAGACAGAAGAACUGUAGCCAGGAGCCCUGCCCAGCCAGGUGGUGGUCUGGAGAAUGGCAGAGCUGCAGCCGAACAUGCGGGCCCGGAGGCCUAGCCCUGAGGACUGUCCUCUGCAUCCAGAGCGUCGGGCUAGAUGAGCAGAGGGCCCUCCGCCCCGACGACUGCCAUCCCUUGCCCAAGCCAGAGAUCGCUAUGUCCUGUAAUGAAGACAACCCCUGCCCAUCCUCCUGGGAAAUGGGCAACUGGUCAGAGUGUUCUGUGAGCUGUGGGAUGGGCACACACAGCAGGCCUGUCUUCUGUACCAAUGACACGGGAGCCCCGUGUGAUGCCACCCAGAAGCCUAUCUCAGAGACAGCCUGUUCCCUGCCGCCAUGUCCCUGGAUACCCGAGAAGCCCAUCCCGGAGUGGUCAGGGAGCGGUUCCUCAAGCAGGGAGCUCUACAACGAGAUCGAGUUUAUACCCAGCAACCACAUUCCUCCCUUCGAGCCGCUGGCACCAGGCGCCCCUGGCCCCCAGGACUCCAAUGUCAUCACCGAGGAUGACUUCUCACCCAGCGACAAGAAAGGCAACAUCUUUGUGGAUGAUUUUUACUAUGAUUACAACUUUAUCAACUUUCACGAGGAUCUCUCCAACAACCCCUUUGAGGAUCGGGACAAGGCACAUGAGGAGAUUGGUGGGGGCACUGAUGAGGGACCCGAGGGUUGGGGCACAUCUGAUGAAACACCCCUGGCUGCACCACCCAGCUCGGAGGGUGAGGACCAGGCCGGUCCAGAGAGCCACACGACCCAGCCCAUCCCAGCUCAGGAGGAAGUCAUGAAGACUGAUGGCCAACGGUCUGUGGGCUUCACAACUGAACCUCUCCCAUCCACCCCCACCCCCACCUUGAUAGCCUUCAGUCCCAGUCAGGGACAGAAAGGCGAGACGGUACUUCCAGAAGAUUUCCCAGGCCCACAGCCUAAUUCUACAAAUAGCUACUCUAAUCUCUUCCUAGAUAAACCCCCAGAAGGCCCAGGGGAUAUCUCUAAAGAGGACUCAGCAUUCUCGACUUCCUACCCUCUAUACCCUUCUUUACCCACCUCAACCUCGAUGACAGCUAUAGAGAAGGACAGUGAGAAAACCAACAUCAGCAAAAGCCAAAGAGAGACCCAGGAAGAAGAUACCAACCCUCAGAGGCCUGGGGUUCUUGGUGGCAAGGAUACCAGUGACAUAUACGUCCCCACCAAGGCCUCUGAGAGAGACCCUGACAGGUUGCUCUGGGAAGGAUUGGAUGUGGCAUCUGAUCAUGACAGCAAGUUCCCUGGGCAGAUAGCAGCCACUGGGGAUAGUAGAACUACCCCUGUGUCCCCUCACUUUCCCCAUGAGCUGAAUCUGGGUCUCCCAUCUCCCCAGACUACUAGCCUGGACCCAUUCCUUUCUACUGUUCCCUCAAGGGCUCCAAGGACAGAAGUCAUCAUCAUUUCCAAAGACACUGAUCCUAUUGAAAGGUCACAGAACUCAAGUGACCACAGACUGAGAGACAAUGAGCUCCUCCCCACUGAGGGGACCUGGAGGGCUACCUCUUCUCCCAUCCCUUCUGAGACUAAGCCAGUCAGAUUCUUUCCAUUAGACACCUCUUUAUCCCCUCCCGCCGUGUCUAGCGCCCCAGAGCCAAGGAGUAUGGACCUCCCAGCCCAAGAUUUGACCCAGGGGGAUUUCCAGACCCCAGUUAUGCCAGUGACCUCUGAUCCCAAUGACCUGGCUGGUCCAGUAGUCAUACCUUGGGAUGACCCUUCACUCUCCUCUGCACUGACCCCCAGCCUGGAUUUAGACAAUUUGUCUAAUGAAAUCAGGGUCUCCCACUACCCAGGCUUCUCAUCUCCCCCCAGCCACCCCUGGGCAAACAAGUGGCUGGGAAGUCCAGAUGGGGAAACAUCACCUAGGAACGUUGUUCAUGAUGGUGGAGACCUCAAGAAUAAAUUCCAGAUCCUGACCGAGAUGGAGCCAGUUGCUACCGAGGAGCCUGCCCAGGGAACAUUAGCUACCACUAAAGUCCCUGGGGGAGCCAGCUGGGAAGUCGGACACUGGAGUGAGUGUUCCACCACCUGUGGCCUGGGAGCCAUCUGGAGGUCCGUGCGCUGCAGCACGGGCCGGGAGGAAGAUUGUAUCCCCACCAGCAAGCCAGUACCUGCCCGUCGCUGCUACCUGAGGCCCUGCUCAACAUGGCGUGUGGGGAACUGGAGCAAGUGCUCCCGGAAUUGUGGGGGUGGCUUCAGGUUUCGGGAUGUGCACUGCAUAGAUACCCGGGACCGCCGGCUCCUCCGCCCAUUCCACUGCCAGCCCGGACUUUUCAAGCCCCUGGGCCAGCUCUCUUGCCAUGUGGACCCCUGCCUCGACUGGUACACGUCGUCCUGGAGAGAGUGCUCUGAGGCCUGUGGAGGAGGAGAGCAAGAGCGUUUGGUGACCUGCCCGGAGUUUGGGCGCUGUGAGGAGACCAUGCGGCCCAACACCACCAGACCCUGCAACACUCACCCAUGUACUAAGUGGGUGGUGGGGCCCUGGGGACAGUGCUCAGCCACAUGUGGUGGGGGGAUCCAGCGGCGACUGGUCAAGUGUGUCAACACCAAGACCGGCCAGCCAGAAGAGGACAACAGUCUUUGUGACCAUGAAGCAUGGCCUGAAAAAUCCCAGAGGUGCAGCCCCCAGGACUGCCCAGAUGUACAGCCUCCAGGUCUUCUCUGUGACCGGGACCGUCUCACUUUCAGCUUCUGUGAGACCCUUCACCUCCUGGGCAGGUGCCACCUCCCCACCGUCAGGGUCCAAUGUUGCAAGACCUGUAGCCAGGACAGUCAUGGCUCCCGGGACCGGGGCAACGAGCGGGUGUCGCGUCGGUGAGCUGGCUGCCCAGCCCCUCCCUUGGAGGGAUCUUCCACGGAUCUGAGGAAGCAACUGUCCCCUCCUCUUGGGCCUCUUUGCCCCCUUCUAGGGGCAGCACAGAAGGCCUGCCCCGGAAGGAGGGAUUCCUGGUGCUCACCACAACCCAGGGAAGACUCUGCUGUUGUUACAAAUAUUGUUAUUUUUAAUAAUAUUAUGGUAAUUAUUAUUAUUUUAAAAGCAGACGCCCUGGGGCGAACCAUUCCACAGCUGAGAAGGAUGUGGCCUUACCUCAUAACCCACUUCCCUGGGGAGCGUUCCCCACAGAGACCAAGGGCGUCCCCCUCAUCUCAACCCUCUGCUCAUUCACUCGCCCUCAAUGGUGCUAACCCAGCAGGCCCUCCUGCUCUGUGUCUCCAGGACCAACAGUGGCCAGACACACUACUUCCUGGGAACGAGGGGAGGCUUGUUUUCCCACCUCUCCCCAGAAAAGGUUUUUAAGGUUUUUUCAUUCUAACGAAGGUUCAAGGAACCCCUACUUUUUGUAUUAUAAAUAAAUAUCUAUCAUUCCAAA